AUGCGCAAGUCCCUUCCGAAUCGGGGCCAAGGACGCUGCAAGGGCCCCUUUGAGGCUUUACAGCUGGUAAUAUCGCGCUUGCGCCUGUGGGUCCAGGACUCGCCAAGUGUGGCCGUCGAAGCCAAAACUGGCAGCUGGGGGCUCAACGGUCUACAUGCUCGAGUUGUAAGUGUCAAGGCAGCUGACGACCCGGUGACCAUUCAAGAAGAAGAUUCGAGCUUGGCCGCGGCUGUUGCGAUUGGUGA